GUGAAAGAGAAUAAAAGGGCACAAACACAAGGGUUUACAGACUCGUUUACCUUCCUUAUUUCGUUUCUCUCAAUAGUUUCUGCGUCGUCGUCAUCAAAACUAGGGUUAAAAGUCUACAGAGAUUUCUGAGAUUUUCUAGGUUACCGGAUUUAUUCAGACGCGUAGGAUAAUACAAUAUGGCUUCGAGAUUUUGGACGCAGGGAGGAGGAGGUAGUGAUACCGAGGAGGAGGAGAAUAGUACGGGAGGAGAAACAGACAUUGAGUCUGAGAACGAACUCGGGGAAGCUCCUGAAAGGCAAACUGGCAGAAUCAACAAAUAUUUAGACAAACCCGGAGGUUAUGGAAGUGAUAGUAGUGAUGGCUCAAAUAAGGUAAGGGUCAUUAAAUCUGCUAAAGAUAAACGUCUUGAUGAGAUUAAAGCAACUGUUGAGCAAUUAAAGAAUGGUAUGAAGAUUAAUGACUGGGUUAGUCUGCAAGAGAAUUUUGAUAAGAUGAAUAGGCAACUUGAAAAGGUUAUGAGAGCCACAGAAGCAGUAAAGGCUCCAACUCUUUACAUUAGAGCCCUUGUCAUGUUGGAGGAUUUUCUGGCUGAGGCAUUAGCCAACAAGGAAGCAAAGAAGAAAAUGAGCAGCAGCAAUGCCAGGGCGUUGAAUUCCAUGAAACAGAAACUGAAGAAGAAUAACAAGGACUUUGAAGAUCGUAUUAACGAUUUUAGGGAGAAUCCUGUAGAGAGUGAGCCUGAAAAGGAGGAGGUUGCAGAGUCAGAGGAUGAUGAAUCUGAAGAAGAGGUUGAGGAGGACCCAUCAAAGGCUAACAUGUCAGAUCCAGAGCCCGAAGCGGGACCCGACCCAAAUAAAACUCGUUGGGAGACACAAAAGUCGAAGAAAGAUAAGAUUUUUGAAGGACUCAUUGGGAAAAAUCCUAGUGAAAUCUCAUGGGAUAUAGUAGACAAGAAACUGAAAGAGAUUGUAGCUGCUAGGGGUCGAAAGGGAACUGGACGAGUUGAGCAGGUUGAGCAGCUCACCUUCUUGACAAAAAUUGCUAAGACCCCUGCUCAGAAGCUUGAGAUCCUCUUUUGUGUUGUCUCUGCUCAAUUUGACGUGAACCCUAGUCUUAGUGGGCAUAUGCCCGUAAAUGUGUGGAAGAAGUGUGUGCAGAACAUGCUCAUUAUCCUUGAUAUUCUUGAGCAGUAUCCAAAUAUCGUGGUGGAUGACUCUGUUGAGCCCGAGGAAAAUGAAUCCCAAAAGGGUGCAGAUUAUAAGGAGAAAAUUCGGGUUUGGGGGAACUUGGUCUCUUUCCUUGAGCGUAUUGAUGGCGAGUACAUUAAGAGCUUGCAGACCAUUGACCCCCACACACGUGAGUAUGUGGAUAGGCUGAGAGACGAGCCCAUUUUCUUUGUCCUUGCCCAAAAUGUUCAGCGUUAUUUGGAACGGGUUGGGGAUUUUAGGGCAGCUGCAAAGGUUGCUGUAAAGCUGGUUGAGGUUGUAUAUUACAAGCCUCAAGAGGUUUAUGAUGCAAUGAGGAAGCUUGCUGAGGUAACAGAGAUUGGAGGAAAUGUUGAAACUGAGACAGGAGAUGAGGCCCAAGUGAUCACUGGCCCACCAGCUUUUGUUGCUACUCCAGAACUUGUGCCACGAAGACCCACUUUUCCUAUGAGCUGCAGGACAAUGAUGGACGUACUAGUCUCUCAUAUCUACAAGUAUGGGGAUGAGCGCACCAAAGCUCGUGCAAUGCUUUGUGAUAUAUAUAAUCAUGCCAUCAUGGAUGAGUUUGCAAGUUCCCGAGAUUUGCUUUUAAUGAGUCACUUGCAAGAUGGGAUUCAGCAGAUGGACAUCUUAACUCAGAUACUUUUCAAUAGAACUAUGGCCCAACUCGGUUUAUGUGCUUUUAGAGCUGGAUUAAUUACAGAGGCACACGGAUGCCUUUCAGAGCUCUAUGCUGGUGGAAGAGUAAGGGAGUUGAUUGCACAAGGUGUAUCGCAGAGCCGUUAUCAUGAGAAAACUCCAGAGCAGGAAAAAUUGGAACGCAGAAGGCAAGUGCCAUACCAUAUGCACAUAAAUCUCGAGCUUUUGGAGUCCGUCCAUCUUAUAUGUGCCAUGCUCAUGGAAGUCCCCAACAUGGCAGCCAACAGUCAUGAUCCCAAACUCAGAGUCAUUAGCAAGACGUUCCGCAGGUUACUUGAGGUCAGCGAGAGGCAUACCUUCACAGGACCUCCAGAAAAUGUGCGAGACCAUGUCAUGGCAGCAACUAGAGCGCUAAGCAAAGGAGAUCACGAGAAAGCCUUUGAUGUCCUUAAGUCCCUUGACGUGUGGAAGCUCCUCAGAAACCAAGAAAACAUCCUUGAGAUGCUCAAGGCCAGAAUUAAGCAAGAAGCCCUUAGAACCUACCUGUUCACCUUCUCCUCGUCUUACAAGUCCUUGAGCUUGGACCAGCUUACUGCCAUGUUUGACCUGUCUGAAGCCCAGGUACACAGCAUCGUAAGCAAGAUGAUGAUUGUGGAGGAAUUGAAUGCAAGUUGGGACCAGCCUACCAAGUGCAUCAUGUUCCAUGAUGUGAAGCACACAAGAUUACAGGCUCUGGCAUUCCAAUUGACAGAGAAGAUUGGCAUCCUUGCAGAUAGCAAUGAGAGGGCAUUUGAGGCGAGAUCAGGCGGAGGGCUAGAUGGGCUUCCCCAAAGGCGUAGGGAUGGUGGUCAGGAUUAUGCUGGAGCUGUUGGAGGCCGGUGGCAAGAGAACUCCUCUCAGGGUAGGCAAGGUGGGUUUGGUGGACGCUCAGGAUAUGGUGGUGGGCGUCAGUUUUCAUCUGGGGGGAGAGGAUAUUCUAGGGAUCAAAGAAGUGGAGGGCAGGUUCGCGGAGGAGGUUACUCAUCAGGCUACCAGAGCAACCAUUAUCAGGAUGCAGGAGUCGGGAGGACUUCUUAUCAGACUGGUUCAGGGGGGAGAGGAGAUCCUUCAGUUCGCAUGGUCAGUCUUAACAAAGCAGGGCGUGCUUACUGAGAUGCAGAAAGAGUAGUCUUUUAGUUUUGCCUGUUUAAUUUUUAUGUUUAGUUGAGACUUGGUCCAUGAACCGAUGAUUUCGCUUUUGUUUAGUUAAACUAAAGUGUAAUUUCUUAGUGACUUAAAAUUAUUUUCAUACCAUCAGGUUUCUCCUCAUCUGGCAAGGACCCAAAUGAAUAUUUCAAGAUAUUUUGUGCACUCUUUCCGACUUGGAGUGUGCAGGAGAGGAGAAUCCAGAUGUUCUUUUCGGUUA